GGGAGAGAGAGAGAGAGAGAGAGGAAGAAGAAGGGGGAGCAGAGAGGGGAGGUGUAGGAGGAGACUUGCUUCAGAGGGGAAAAGGAGCCGGAGUGCAAUUCCAAAACAGCUGUCCGGCAGACGUCCCAGUCGACAGGAGUGUAGCCCCAAGGCAGAGACAGGAGGCAGGGCAGUGUCAACAUGCCACAGGAGCAGCUCAGCAGCCACUGAACACACACACUGACACACACACUCACCAAACCUGAGGCUGCAGUGAUCAGGAGAACACCAGUCAUACCUGUGAAGGAUCAGGAUCUCCUCAUUGGAAUAUCUAAGGACAGAAGCCAGAACUGCUUGGAGUCCCAUUUCCUGAUCAAUGCUGAGAACGCUGACAUUAUUUUUGGAGUCCUGAAAGACCAGCUGAGAAUGUAACUGGAGCUUCUCCCCAGGGGAACUGUAACAUCCUGAACUUUUACAGCAUUUCCGACUUUUUUAUCAUCCUCACCCGAGAUCUUCUUCUCCGGUUGCAGCCAUGCCAGCAAAAGCUCCCAUAUACCUGAAACCAAACAACAGUAAGAGGGGAAAGAAAUGUCGCCUCAGAGAUCUUUUGUCUCCAGACAUGAUCAGUCCACCACUGGGGGAUUUCCGCCACACCAUUCACAUUGGCAAGGGUGGGGGGAGAGAUACCUUUGGAGACAUGUCCUUUCUUCAAGGGAAGUACGAACUAUUACCCGGCAAAGGAGAUAUCCACCCUCAGUAUGGCAUCCAAAGUGAGUUCAUGAGGGCUAACAGCACUGGAGAUGCUUCCUUUGCUGAAACCCCAUCUCCAGUCCUCAAGAACGCUAUCUCCCUUCCAACUAUCGGAGGCUGCCAGGCUCUUACCCUUCCCAUGAUCUCCUCCACUGUGUUCUCCAUGCCCCCUGAGCCACUGGAGGACAUCAUCAGGCCUACAGCUCCCAUGAAACCUGACAGCACAGAGGAGGUAGAGAUCCUGCAGAUGGAAGCCUUGCUGAGGUCCAUGGAUGUCUUUUCCAGUGAGCCUUCCUCUCCCUCCCCAGCUAUCCAGUCAAAGCCUGACGUCCUCCUAGACCUGCUGGAGAGCAGGCGUAAGUCCACAUCUAAGGCAGUCGCCAAAGCUAACAAAAUAAACAAGAGUGAAACCAAGUUUGACAAGCCGUCAUCCUACUACAUCGACUCUCACAGCAACAGCUCCUUCAAAGCUAAUGGAAGCCUGAAUAGCAACACAAGCAGCGACAGCUUUGACAGCUUUAAUGGCAAAGAUUCCCAGACCAAAAUCUACAACGACAAUGAAAACUGCAACGGUUAUGAACACUUUAACAAUGAGAUUACCGAUGGAUUCAAGCAGGGGCUCUCCAAGUACAAUGGAGAGUGGGUGGACAGGGACAGUGGGGUGGAGGAGGGCCGUAUCUGUGAUUAUGAGUUUGAGUUUUCCAAGGAGAAGAGCACGUCACAGGAUUCCCUUGCCCAGAUCACAGGGUCAUUCCUUUCCCUUGAACUCGAUUUGGGUCCGUCCAUCCUGGAUGAUGUGCUCAAUAUAAUGGAUAAACCCGCAGCAAAGAGCAGGCCUUGAGCUGCACCGAGGCCCCAGGAGGAGAAAGGGAAUUUUUAAACUAUAGCCAUGAGAGGAGAGAGACUCAAAAAGCAAUCAAAUUGGUGUCUGGAUAUAUCAUUGAGAUGAAAAUGAGCUACAAUAGACGGAGCUGCUUAUGUUUUUAUUGUCCAAACAUAUAAGUAUUCAAUCUCUCUGUGGAGUGUUCAAUCUUCUGAAGAGUGUUCAAUCUUCUCUUUUUGCCGCAUGUUUAAGAUGCAUGUAUACUCUUGAGUUACAGCUUCAACACAGCCAUUGUGCCUUUGACUGUAGGAACGAUAGAUUUGUGUUCUAAUGUUGACUUUCACGGUAUAUUCACGACAUGUUUGAGGUCCUUCGUUUGUUUUUUUACACAGUCUUGAACAUUUUGUGACUAUAAGUGUGUUUAACAAAGCUUUAUUUUGUUUGUCACAUCAUUCAUUUGCCACAUAACCAUUACAAACAGAGAACACUAUGCAUAUUUGUGUUUUUAAAAGUUGCAGCACAAAUAAAUUCAUUUUUGUCCUA